AUGAGAUUGAGGAAUAAAUUAAAAAGGCUCCAUUAUACUAACAGCUUGUACAAAUUAAUUGAUGAUUAGGAUCUUGUUGCUAGCAUUUUUCCAUCAUACGAAUACCAUACUUACAAUAGGCUCCCUUAUUAAUCAAGAUAAUAAAGAAAUUAAACAUUAGUAAAGUCUUAAGCUUUCCGAAAUUUAAGCUAAUUAUAGACUCCUUCAGAUACUAAGAUUUCAUUAUCUUUUGAGAAAGCAUCUUCCAAGAUAGAUUUAGAUUAUGCUGUAAAUUUUGUACUAAGUAAUUAGAUAUAGUAUUAAUUUUUUUUUGUAAAAGAAUAAUGUAGAGAGUUUAAUAUGCUCCACACUCCUCAAUAAUUACAAGACCAGAUACCUCAAUUUAAUUAUGAAUCAGAAAAUUUGUACUUUCUACUUGUGCAUGGAGUGUAGUUCUAACAACAAAGUCUGUUUUUUAUUAGCAUUACAGUACUAGACAUAAAUCAAGAUUACAUUAUCUCACUCUUAACUGCUAAUAUGGGUUUUGCAGAGUUAAGUUAUGCGAGUAUUAAGCAAUUAUCAUAAGGUGAUAUUAGGAGAAUAACAACACUUUAUAGGUGUAAAGAAUCCUUUUCAUGUAAGUAACAGUAACAUUACCAUUGCAAAACUAAGAUAUAUUGGAAAUUUAUUCAUAUGAUUUAAUAUUAGGGAAACAGAGACUGA